GUAUGGCCAGAUGCAGCAGAAGAAGUCGAUACUUUUGGUAUGUUUGAGGUGUAUGUUGUCGCCUGUGAACAUUAUUAUCAUCUCCUGGCUUGUAAUAUUAACCUUAUUGGUCUUUCCUUUCUCAUGGAUGUUGGGGAUACCCAUGGCUGCAUUGAGGUGAUGUCCCAAGAAGCCUUUACAGAAAGUCGAGGGAAGAGGUAUGGCCCCAAGCAAUGGUCCAUCAUUACCAAGCAUCUGCACGGGCGUAUCGGCAAGCAGUGCCGGGAGCGCUGGCACAACCACCUUAACCGGACUCAGGAGGAGGACCAGAUCAUAUACGCUGCUCACAAACGUAUCGGGAACCGCUGGACUGAGGAAUCUAAGCUGCUGCCUGGCAGGAGAGACAACUCUAUUAGAAUCACUGGAACUCCACCACGCGUAGGAAGGUGGAGCACGAGGUCUACCUGCAGGAUGUCAUGACACAGACAAGAGAAAGGCUCCCAUCAAGAGAAGGACCAAGUCCUCCUGCUCCUCUAGGGACUCCUGCAGAGCCAGAAUCAUUAUGCCAUGAUUAUCCCCACAAAGGUGAUCACUGAGCACCCAUCUAUGGUUUCUACCAGUCAGCACAAUCAACUAGACUGAACAAUAGCCAAGUGUUUGAAUUGAAAAUCACCAUUGAAAUCAGGAUGAAAUCAAUCCCAAACUGUUUGUUGAUUUUAUGACACUGUUUUUUUGUGUAUGUUUUGGUAGAUUUCAGGACAUUCCCUUGGCUUGUUGGAUGGCCAGUAUAUGGAAAGUGUUCCUGAAACUGCUUACUUUGUCCCAGUGAGUGUCCCAUCUCUGCACUCACUUAGCUUAGCUUAACCAUGUUGCAAGUGAACCCCUCCCCUACCACCAUCGUACAGUAGCUCCUAUGUAAUUCAGUAAGAGAGGAAUAAGACUUGUAAAUGAGAAAAUUAGCUGUUUUUCCUUUUCCUGACCAAUCUCUCCUGGGCUGCAUGUACCCCCAGAGUCAUUCACUGACCAAUAAAGAGCAGAGAAUUAAGGAACUCAAGCAGCUCCUUAUGGCAGCUGAGAGCGAAGUCGGGAAUCGGGCAGCUUCCUGUGUAAGACAGAAGAACCCUUGUAUGUGUAGUCAAUAGUGUAGUACGCUCUAGAACACAUCCUUAUCACCCUUCCCACCGGCUCCUCAUCCUCCAUCUUACUCACCUCCGGUUAGCUGCCCCUCCUAGCUGCUACCAUCCUGUCCUUCCCUGCUUCAUACUGUAGUAUCUAGCAGUGAGUCAUCAUUAACAGCUUCUCAUAGUAGCAGUGACUGUUCAUCAUCUGUUUCUGCUCUUGCCAACUCCAUUGCUGUCAUUGUCAAACCAAACAUAAUCUCUGUUAACCUAGAGGUAAAAUCAUGCGUAAUUUGGUCAGCUGCGUGAUUAAUUUCUAAAUUAGAAAUUGAGCAUUCCGGCAAAAAUUCGCAACCCUCGCAAAAGGAAACUCUCAGCCAAAGCCCCCCCUUACCAUCCGUGUGGGCACACGCACAAAGCACUUGAGGCGAAGCAGUUUAAGCACUGCCUUUGGGCCAAUCCUGAUCCCAUUCAGUCCUGGCAGAUUCUUUCGGUCUACUGUACACGCAGAAUCUGCCCACGGGAGAUUAAGCCAAACAUGACCAUUUUUGUAUUUGUAUUUAUUAUGGAUCCCCAUUUUCUGCUGUCAAAGCAACAGCUACUCUCUUGGCAUGACAGUUGCAUGAGGAGUUGGCAAGGGCAGAAUCAUACUGGCACCCAGGCUAGCUGUUCAAAACACCUGUGAGGCCUCUUUGGAUAGAAGUGGACCUCUAAUGAAAAUCAUGUAGAUUUUCACUUCUGUACAAAAAUGCACAGUUCAUGUUAAAGUUUUGGAAUGUAACUGAGGCACCUGCUCCUGCUCAUGUCUACCCAUAGUCUCAUUAUAUUUACAUUGGUAAAUGUACUUAUCCUGUUUAGGGCCAAGAGUUUUUCCCGGGCAGAUUAUUUCAUCUGGGAAACUCCUGGCCCUCACAUCCCUACGGCCAAGUGUUCAUAGCGACGUUGCUUUUUGAUCCUUUGAUGUGGGCUCCUAUCAUUGUGAAGCAGAAUUCACCAAGCGUUGGAUAGUUCACCCACUAAUAGGGAAUGUGAGCUGGGAUUAGACCGUUGUGAGACUGGUUAGUUUUA